AUGAUAAGCUUCUUAGCGACCCUCUUCUCCGCCGUGGGAAUGGCGUCGGCGGUGGGCCUGUUGGACCCCGUCGACUUUCUCGCCCUCCAGUCCGUCCGCAUGGCGCUCGAUGAUAUGCCUGGCUCGCAUUUCUUCACCUCUUGGGACUUCAGCCGCGACCCCUGCCUCUUCUCCGGUGUCUUCUGUAGUGGCAACCGCGUCGUGGCGCUCUCGCUUGGGGACCCCCGUGCUGGCUCUCCGGGUCUCUUGGGUCGCUUGGAUCCGGCCAUUGGGGAACUCUCGGCCCUGGCCGAGCUCUCCGUCGUUCCCGGCCGCGUCAUAGGGUCGCUCCCAUCCACCAUUGGCCGGCUGACCAACCUCCGAUUCCUAGCCAUCAGCCGCAACUUCCUCACCGGUUCUAUCCCGCCGGGGAUCGGCGCUCUUCAUCAACUCCGCACACUGGACCUCAGCUUCAACCAGCUCUCCGGCCCCAUUCCUCCUGGCCUCGCUGGCAUUCCCAGUCUUUCCAACAUUAUCCUUUCCCACAACCACCUCUCCGGCUCGGUGCCCUCCCUCCAUUCACCCUCCCUGGUAAGACUCGAUCUCAGCAACAACAACCUCUCCGGUGGCAUUGUCUACCUGCCGGUCUCCCUCCAGUACCUCUCUCUCUCAUGGAAUCGUCUGAGCGGACCGAUCGACCGGGUCCUCCCGCUGUUGGCAUGCCUCAACUACAUAGAUCUGAGCAUGAACCUAUUCACCGGCCCGAUCCCACCCCGCGUGUUCUCCCUCCCCAUCCGCAGCCUCCUGCUGCAGCGAAACCUGUUCACCGGCCGCCUGCAACCCGCCGCCGAGGUGUCGAUCCCGACAGUCGAUGUCAGCUACAACCGCCUCUCCGGGGAGAUAUCUCCGAUGUUCUCCUCUGUCCGGCGGCUAUUCCUCAACAACAACCUCUUCUCCGGCCCCGUGCCGGCGAAGCUCGUCGCGAGGCUGCUGGACGGAGGGAUCCAGAUACUCUACCUGCAACACAAUUACCUCACCGGAAUCCAGAUCAGCCCGUCGUCGGAGGUCCCGCGGAGGAGCUCGCUCUGCCUGCAAUACAACUGCAUGCUGCCGCCGGCGCAGACCUCCUGCCCCCUCAAAGCUGGUCGGGAGAAGAUCCGCCCCUCUCCUCAGUGCGUGAAGCACCGGGGAUGA